GUAAUUUGUUUUAGUGGUGUUGCUAAAAGUUCAGACAAUAAAUGCUGAGACUUUCGCUCUUGUUUUCAUAUCAUCAGGUCUCCAAGACUCCAUAGUAAUGAAGACCACGCCAUUCACACUAUUGACUUGUUACUUGAUUCUCACAGCCCAUGCUGGAGCUCGCCCAUUGAGCAGAAACUUUUUUGAGGGUCCUCACCUCAGCCUAAAUGGAAUGCUUAGCGACGACAGUGCCCAGACCCUGUUGUAUUUCCUACGUGAGAAGUUCCAACGGGAGGUAGAGGGAGGAGGUGACCCUCAAGUACAGCUGUGGCUCAGUAAGGGAUCUUUAUCCUCUGACCAUCAGAUCUCAGCUCAGGAACUGGCUCACGUGUUCAGUAUGCUGCAGACUCUCUUUCAGGAGAACGUUCCAAAUGAGUCAACCAGGAGCCUCAUUGAUGCAUUCUCAGACCGCUUGAAGAGGGAAGACCCGCCUAUUUCCAUUGACCUUACAUUCCAUAUCCUAAGACAGAUGAUUGAAAUUGCUAAGACACAGAACCAGAAGCAGCAAGCGGAACAGAAUCGCAUCAUCUUUGAUUCUGUCGGGAAAUGACAGUUUAGGGCAUCUGGGGUAUCAUUCCCUGAGUCUAAGCUCUCCACUUCUUCUAUUGCCCCAAAAAGAGACAUGUCUAUA